UAUAUAACUUUCGAUAAAGAUAAGGAUAAUAUCAUAGAUAAUAGUAAAGAUAGGCCAGGCAAUAAUACAGAACCGACGACAGCUGAACUUCUCGCAGCUUGGUGGCUUUUGCAGCUUAUGAACCCGGAAGGCAGAACACCAAUUAAGGCCCUCAAUAGGGAAGCUGACAGUGCGGAGUGGAUAACCAAGCAAAGUGAGGUUCUUAAUAAUUCCGGGCAUGGAAAGAGUAUCAAUAGCACCCUCAUCCAUAGCGAUAACCAGGUUAUACCACCUCAACCAGACGCAUUUGGCCAA